CCUAAUAGCCACUAUUAUAAUUCAUCUGUUUACACAGGAGCACCAUUUGGCUGUUGAGAAAAUAACUGAGAAAAAGAGAAUAAAAUAGAUGUCUUUUUUUUUUUUUUUUUUUUUUUUUUCAUGAUUUUGUUGAGUUAGUUGAGGUGAGGGCUUUGUCUCGUCAAGCCCCAGAUAGGGAAAAGUUCAAAUUCAUGAUCUUUUCCUCUAUAUUUUCUCAGAAACCAAACAGAUGGUGAUGGAAGAUUUUUUACCCAUUUUUAUGUUUUUCUUACCCAUUUUUAUGUUUUUCGAUUCAAAAAAAAAAAAAAAAAAAGAAAAAGAAAAAGAAAAAACGAUCUGUGUUCUAGGGCUCCUGUCGGCUGUCACUCCUCGAAGGCUCGAAGUCGAAGGAGAAGAUUUGGGUCUGUGUUUGGGAGAUUAGCUUCACUUUCAUCAGGAGCUGCGCCGAAAGGAUGACAAGCAUGGCUGUGGAAACAGGUAUGUUUGUGGUAAAUCAUACUGUUGCUAGUAUAUUGUGUUGCAAAUGUGGUAUUCCAAUGGUACCAAAUGCUCCAAAUAUGUGCGUGAAGUGCUUGCGUUCUGAAGUAGACAUUACUGAGGGUUUACAAAAGCAUGUUGAUAUCGUACAUUGCCCGGAGUGUGAUUUGUAUCUGCAGCAACCGAGGACUUGGAUUAAGGCCCAACUAGAAUCAAAGGAGCUCCUGACGUUUUGUGUGAAGAGGCUGAAGAGUUUAAAUAAAGUUAGGUUGGUACAUGCUGAAUUUAUUUGGACCGAGCCUCACUCCAAGCGAAUCAAGGUCAAGCUGAGAGUCCAGAAAGAAGUUCUUAAUGGAGCAAUACUUGAACAAGCUUAUACUGUUGAGUAUGUUGUCCAAGAUCAAAUGUGUGAAUCUUGUUCUAGGGUUCAGGCCAACCCUGACCAGUGGGUGGCUGCAGUGCAACUUCGUCAGCAUGUUUCUCACAGGCGAACUUUCUUCUAUUUGGAGCAGCUUAUUCUUAGACAUGAUGCAGCAGUCCGUGCCAUAAGAAUUAAACAGAUGGAUCAGGGAAUUGAUUUCUUUUUUGCGAAUCAGAGUCAUGGUGAGAAGUUUGUGAAGUUCUUGGGUAAAGUUGCUCCAAUUUGGAGUCGUCAUGAUAAACAACUUGUGUCCCAUGAUUCCAAGAGCAAUAAUUACAAUUAUAAGUUCACUUUCUCUGUUGAAAUCUGCCCAAUUUGCCGUGAGGAUUUGAUAUGUCUCCCUCCUAAAGUAGCCGUUAGUUUGGGAAGUCUUGGUCCUCUCGUGAUUUGUACAAAAGUGAGCAACAACAUAGCUUUACUGGAUCCAUUCACUCUGAAGCAUUGUUUUUUGAAUGCUGACCUGUAUUGGAGAACAUCUUUUAAGUCAUUACUUUCUAGUAGGCAGCUUGUGGAAUAUGUUGUAUUGGAUGUGGAUGUUGGUCUUAAAGAAGUUAAUGUUGGUGGUUCAAAGUAUGUUUUGGCUGAUGCCCAGGUAGCUCGCGUAUCGGACUUCGGGAAGAAUGACACAAUUUUCUCCAUAAGAACACAUCUGGGCCAUCUUUUAAACCCAGGGGAUUAUGCUCUUGGUUAUGACUUAUAUAGGGCUAACACUAAUGACAUGGAACUGGACAAGUACAAAGGCCUUGUCAUCCCGGAAGUAAUAUUAAUAAAAAAGAGCUACGAAGAGAAGCGCCAGAGAAAGCGUGGGAAGCCUCGCGCAUGGAAACUCAGAUCUCUUAACAUGGAUAUUGAUGACACUGCUAAAGCCCGAGCUGAAGAAGAGAAGAACUUGGAGUAUGAACAAUUCUUGAGAGACUUAGAGGAGAACCCUGAGUUGAGGUUCAAUAUCUCGUUAUACCAUAAUAGAGUAUACCAGCCAUCAGAGAUGGCAUCUGUGACUGAUGGUGAGGAUCUCCCUUCUGUGCCUUUGGAUGAGUUGCUUGCUGAUCUUGAUUUAAGUGAUGAGGAAAUGGAGGAUGGUAGCAUGAGUGAAUGAAUGGUAGCACGGUUGACCUUUUGAAUGUUAAAUGUUUUAUUUAUUAAAAAGUUUUAGUUAAAGGUUUUUUAUUUGUAAUAUUUGCAGCCUACUAGUUACGUGAUACAAGUGAUAUGAGGGUAAUUAUGGAUGUUAGGAA